AUGUAUCAAAACACGACUCUUGCGGGUGCAUCUUUUGCAAGUAUACAAUUGCCGAUUAUACCCCCAGACGACCCCAAAACCUUUUGGCCACUUGCAGCAGUGCUUGUUCUGGCCAUCUAUAUCUUGUAUAACCGACCACUUAAGGGUGCCAGAGGCAGCAGAAUCCCAAAAGGGCCCAGGGGCCUUCCUAUCCUGGGUUGCUUUCUAUCUUUGACCAAAUUCCCCGAGCUCACGCUAGACAAAUGGGCCCAUAAAUACGGCGGACUCUAUUCCAUCUGGAUAGGCAGCCAACUGUUCGUCAUAAUAUCCGACCCAAAAGUAGCCAAAGACCUGAUGGUUACGAAUGGCACGGUAUUCUCUUCGCGAAGGGAAACCUAUAUCAAGGGCCAGACAGUCUUUGGCUUUCGUGGUGUUGUCUCAAAUCCAUAUAACGACCGAUGGCGCAAGCACCGCCGUCUUGCCAACAACUGGCUGAUUCCACGCGCUGUAAGUACGUACGCCCCGAUGAUGGAGCGCAAGUCGAGGGCUCUCAUCAAAGAUAUGCUGGAUGAGGGUCAACAGGGAUUGGUGCCCGUCAGUCCCCAGCCUCACGCCAGUUGCUGUGCAUUCAGCGUCAUGGCCGAAAUCACAUUCGGUGCCCGCUUUGAAGGAAUCGACCAUCCGAUUGUGAAGCGCGGCGCGGAGCUUAACAAGGAGUUUGUGAACUGUACUGGCCCAGUAUCUAACCUCGUGGACUUUAUUCCCGUUCUUCAAGCCUUCCCCAGUGCCAUGCAGAGACGCGCAAAGAGACUCCACUGCGGCCUGGUGGAAACAUACGGCGGGCUGCUUACGGAGAUUGACCAGAAACUGCAGCAAGGAGUUGAUGUCCCCAGGUGUCUCGCCAGGAGUCUAGUCGAGUGUCGCGAGAAAGAAGAUUUGGAUGAUCUAGACGCAGCCAUGCUCGUCUCUGCUUUCAUGAUAGGGGGUGUCGAGACGACCGCCGCCAUAAUGCAAUGGUUCUUCGCAAUAAUACCAGCAUAUCCGGAGAUCCAGAAAAAAGCCCAGGCCGAGCUCGACCGCGUAGUUGGCCGUGGCCGUCUUCCUACCAACGACGACGAAAAGAACCUGCCCUACUGCCGCGCCAUAAUCAAAGAAGUCGGACGCUUCAGGAGCCCUCUAUGGCUGAGCACUCCACAUUCAACCAGCGAAAACUUCGUGUACGGCGACCACUUCAUCCCUAAGGACACAGUAGUCGUCCUGAAUACAUGGACAAUGCAGCGUGACCCUAUGCGUCACCCGAACCCGUAUGAAUUCGACCCCGAACGGUAUAUAAACGACCCCCUUAGCUCCUCGGAAAGCGCCAAAACGCCAGACCCCAUGCAGCGCGACCACUGGGUCUUCGGUAUCGGGCGACGAGUGUGCCCUGGGAUUAUGGUCGCCGAGCGUGGGCUCUUCCUUGUUAUCUCGCGGGUGCUCUGGGCGUUUGAUAUGCGUGAGAUUCCGGGCGAGCCGAUUGAUUUAAAGGAGUAUGAGGGGCUGUCGGGGAGGUCUCCUAAGCCGUUUCGCAUCCAGCUUGUGCCGAGGCAUGAGGGUGUUGUUAGGGUGGUGGGGGGUGAUUCUUAG